AUGAUCGAUCAGGACCAGAUCUCAGAUGCAUCAACAGUAGUUGUCGUCGGCAUCGUUGGCUCCUGCCUAGCCUGCGGCACUAUGUGCGCCGUGCUGUGCUGCUUGAGCCGUCGGUUCUUCAGCCGAGGCGGAGAUCUAGAAGUGGAGGUUGGACACCCCGAUCCGAGCAAAGACGGAUUGUCUGAAGUGCAGGUUGAACCGAAGAUCGUCGAAGAAGACCUUGAAGCGGAGCUUGGUCAUCCGGGUGCGUUCAGCGACGACGAUUCUGAAGCGGAGAUCGGGCGUCCAGGUCUGGAUGAGACCGGGGACCAAGUUACCCAGAAUGGUCUGCGUAAGAGCAUGGAUUUUUGGUUCGUCCCCGUGAGCGAGAUCAUGCGCAUGCCGGUCGACGCUCCAAUCCCGCGCCAUCAGACGUGCCGUGACAUGGGAUUGUUGGUCAAGCGGAGGAUCGACAUCGACGACGUCUUGUCUGGAAACCUUCGCGUUGACACAGCGGCCGUGUCACAUCGUUGGCCAGUGCCAGAGCAUUUCGAUCCGCAGUGCACCAAGUUGAGUAAAUUGCAAGAGGUCUUGCCACGUACACCUUCCAUUAAGUGGCUGUGGAUUGACUGGAUCUGUGCUCCUCAAUGGCACGACGGUGGGCGCACCGAUGAGGAGGAGGUUGAAUUCAAGAUGAUUUUAAAACACAUUCUUCCAUUCAUCUUCCUCGGGUGCAAAGUGAUCGUCUUGUACGAGCGAAUCUACAACCAACGGUUCUGGCCAAAUGUGGAGUGUUGGAUUGCCACCAAAAUGGCGACACCUCACGGGCUCGUUCCGGCUAGCGACGAUCGUCUCCGAGUGCUAGUCCACGGCAUACAUUCGGCUGGCGGGCACGAUAAAGCCAACCUUGCACAGGUACUAGAGUAUUGGCACAGGGCCACUGCGCAAGAAGCAAUCACGAUUCUCUCGCACGACGAUAUCCUUGUCACCAACGCGAAAGACAAGGAAGUCAAUCUCAAGGUGGUUGCGUCUUUGGACGAGCAGAUCCGGUGCCAUCACAGCUCGUUACACGUCGUUCAGUCCAUACGGCAGUUUGUCCCUCUCUGA